CCACCGCGGGAUCGGGGAAGGGCGGGCGGGGCCGCCUCUUCCCGGUUUCGCAGAGGCCCGAGCACCUGCGGGCGGCUGCGCGCUCUCCUGGCCAUGUCGGAGCCUCUGCCCGCCUUCCUGGACCGGCUGUGGGGGCCCUGGCUGGGGACUCGGACCCCGCCUCUGCGGGGGCUCAGCGCCGCCUCCCCUUCCAAGAGUUUUCUUGGAGGCUUUUUUGGACCCAUUUGUGAGAUCGAUGUUAUCCUUAAUGAUGGGGAAACCAGGAAAAUGGCCGAGAUGAAAACUGAGGAUGGCAAAGUAGAAAAACACUAUCUUUUCUAUGAUGGAGAAUCUGUUUCAGGAAAGGUAAACCUAGCCUUUAAGCAACCUGGAAAGAGGCUAGAGCACCAAGGAAUUAGAAUUGAAUUUGUAGGUCAAAUUGAACUUUUCAAUGACAAGAGUAACACUCACGAAUUUGUAAACCUAGUGAAAGAACUAGCCUUGCCUGGAGAAUUGACUCAGAGCAGAAGUUAUGAUUUUGAAUUUAUGCAAGUUGAAAAGCCAUAUGAAUCUUACAUCGGUGCCAAUGUCCGCUUGAGGUAUUUUCUUAAAGUAACAAUAGUAAGAAGACUCACAGACUUGGUAAAAGAAUAUGACCUUAUUGUUCACCAGCUUGCCACAUACCCUGAUGUUAACAACUCUAUUAAGAUGGAAGUGGGCAUUGAAGACUGUCUACACAUAGAAUUUGAAUAUAAUAAAUCAAAGUAUCAUUUAAAGGAUGUGAUUGUCGGGAAAAUUUACUUUUUAUUAGUAAGAAUAAAAAUCCAACAUAUGGAGUUGCAACUGAUCAAAAAAGAGAUCACAGGAAUUGGACCCAGUACCACCACAGAAACAGAAACAAUUGCUAAGUAUGAAAUAAUGGAUGGUGCACCAGUAAAAGGUGAAUCAAUUCCAAUAAGAUUAUUUUUAGCAGGAUAUGACCCAACUCCGACAAUGAGAGAUGUGAACAAAAAGUUUUCAGUAAGGUACUUUUUGAAUCUAGUCCUUGUUGAUGAAGAAGACAGAAGGUACUUCAAGCAGCAGGAGAUCAUUUUAUGGAGAAAAGCUCCUGAAAAAUUGAGGAAACAGAGAACAAACUUUCACCAGCGAUUUGAAUCACCAGACUCCCAGGCAUCUGCUGAACAGCCUGAAAUGUGAACUGAACAGGAGAAAAAAAGAAAAACAAAAACUCCUAUAUCCAUUGAGAUUAAGUUCAGCAGGUUAAAGAUGGUUGCAGCUUGUAGGGUGGGGAAAGGCCAAAACUCCAUUUAUAAUAGUCUUCCUUUCUCUUACAGCGCUGCACUUAUUUUAUGAUACAACUAAAUGUUCUUCAUGUGUAUACAUUAAAAACAGCGCUUUCUUUGAAACACUGGAACUUUCUUAAGCUGCCAUUUUUUUCUUUUUUUUUUUUACUGCACACUUUGAUUUAAUGAUAAGCACUCAGAUAUGUAUCAACAUAAACAUUAAAGAUUUUCACAUGA